CGCAUUUAAACAGAAGGCUGCGAAGGAAAGACACAGGCAAAAGACACGUGAGAAUUUUCGUCCUUUUGUGUGAGGAGCGUUCGCGAUUAGUGAACGAACAUAUCGAUGGAAGAAUGGGAAAUUUGAACGCGAUCACUCAUUGAUUCAACUCCUCCAAAACAACAAUCGAAAAUGUCGUUCUUUCGUAAAGUGUCGGAUUCAGAAUCCGAAUCAGAAUCUGAGGAAGAGUUAAUGUCAGAUUACGAGAAAGAGGAAGGUGCUCAAAAAGAAUCAACAAGCGCACAACCUGCACGUAAAUCUGCUUUCCUCAAAGGAGCCGACUCCGAUUCCAGUUCAGAAGAAGAUUCAGAUGAAGACGAAUCAGAAGAUGACGAUGACAGUGACGAAGAUGAAGAUGACGGAGAAGGUGGUCCAGCAGUACGAAGACAAUCUCGUUUCUUGCGUGGCGCAAGUGAUGAUAGCGAAAGUGAAGAAGAAGUGAAAAAAGUUAUCAAGAGUGCACGCGAAAAGCGUGUUGAUGAAAUUGAUGCUGUUGCACGUACGAUCGAAAAUGCAUCAAGAAUCGAUGAUUGGGUUGCUAUCUCGAAAGAAUUCGACGGAUUGAACCGCUUGGCCGAUCGUCUCAAAGUCGUCAAUGAACCUACACCUCCGGUAUACUACAAAACUCUUGUCACUCUAGAGGACUUCUUGAACGACUCUCUCGCCAAAGAGAAAACCGCUGAUAAGAAGAUGAAGGCACCAAACGUUCGUGCUUUGAACGGUAUGAAACAGAAACUCAAAAAGGUUGUCAAAGAUCACGAAGCAGCCAUCGCUACUUAUCGUCAAGAUCCCGAAGCAUUCGAAGCAAACUACACAGCUACGACUGCCCCUGCAGCCGCACCUGCUCAACCCAAAAAGGCCAAAAAGGCAGCAGCUCCUGGAGCUGAGGAAGAAGAAGAUGAAGAUUUCCAGACUGUUGGCCGUGGUGGAAAAGCUGUCACAUAUACCAGUGAAGGAUUGUUCAAGAGUUUGGCUGCUGUUAUGGAAGCUCGUGGUAAGAAGUCGACCGAUCGCACAGAGCAAAUAGAAAUCUUGACAAAGUUGAUGGGUGUCGCCGUUUCCACAUACCAAAAGAUUCGAGUUCUUUUGGCAUUGUUGGCCGCCCGUUUCGAUUACAACCAAAGUGCCGCUGCUUACAUGAACAUCGAGAUGUGGAACAGUGCUUUGAAGGAAGUCGAACAACUCACCAAGAUUUUGGAUCAAGACCGAACAUACCAAGUCAAAGAACUCACCAAAGAUUACGACGAUGAAAUCGACAGACUGCCCAACCAAGGCGACGAAGGACCAAUUGUCGAAGUACGUGGAAGUUUGAUCAGUUUCAUCGAGCGUUUGGACGAUGAAUUCACAAAGAGCUUGCAAUACAUCGACCCUCACACCACCGAAUACGUUGACCGAUUGAGAGAUGAGAAGCUUCUCUACCGCACAAUCAUCUUGAGCCAAAACUACAUCGAAACCAUUGACCAGCCCGGCACCUUGAGUCGUAUUAUGAUGCGCAGACUUGAUCACAUCUACGCCAAACCAGACAACAUCAUUCAAGCACUCGAAACAGCAAGCGCAUCUGCUGGUGAACCAUUGAACAAAUCCAAAUCUGGUCUAUGCCCUUCACCCGAAGAGGUUGCUGCUAAUGCAGAUGGAGCUUCAGCUUUGAUCAGAUCUUUGUGCGUUCAACUAUACAAGACAGCUGGUUUGGAAACAGAGAGACUUCGUACACGUGCUAUGCUGUAUCACAUCUACCAUCAUUCACUACGUCGUGAUUACCACAUCGCUCGUGAUAUGUUCUUGAUGUCACAUUUGCAAGAUUCAAUCGGGAUGGCAGACGCGGCUACGCAAAUCUUGUACAACCGUGUCGUUGUUCAAUUGGGAGUGUGUGCCUUCCGUGUAGGAUUAAUUCGUGAAUCUCAAGGUGCUCUUCAAGAGAUCUUUGCUUCAACAAGGGUGAAGGAAUUGCUUGCUCAAGGUGUCUCAAGAGCCAAUCCUUAUGCUACACCUGAACAAGAGAAGCUUGACCGUCAACGCCAAUUGCCCUUCCACAUGCACAUCAAUUUGGAAUUGCUCGAGUGCAUCUACUUGGUUGGAAGCAUGUUGCUCGAGAUCCCAAACAUUGCAAGCGCCAACAGCGAGGCAGAUCAAAGACGUAACAUUAUCUCCCGUACAUUCCGCAAAAUGCUCGAUUUCACCGAUCGUCAAGUGUUUUCAGGACCAGCAGAAAGCACAAGAGAUCAUGUGAUGGCAGCAGCCAAAGCAUUGCAAAAUGGAAACUGGAAAGAAUCUCAAGAGCAAAUUGCAGAGAUCAAGAUCUGGAAAUUAAUGGUUGAUCAUGACGAAGUGAUUUCAAUGCUCAAGAGCAAGAUUCAAGAAGAAGGUUUACGCACAUACCUUUUCACAUAUGCACAUUAUUACAAGAGCUUAAGCUUACGUCAUUUAGCCGAAAUGUUUGAAUUGCCAAUCUCCAAAGUCAAAUCGAUCGUUAGCGUGAUGAUUUGGAAUGAAGAAAUUCAAGCAAGUUUGGAUAUCGGAAAUGUGAAAGAAGAAGAAGGAGGUUAUAUAGUUUUACAUGGCGUUCAACUUUCAAAAGUUCAAGUUUUGGCACAACAAUUGGCCGAAAAAGCAAAUUCUCUUCUCGAACAAAACGAAAGAAGUUUGGACGGUAAAUUGGGCGAUCGUGCAGGUCCAGGAGAAGGAAGAACAGGUGCUCAGGACCGUGACGGUCGCGAAGGCCGUGAUGGAGCCGGACCAAGACGUGAAGGCAGAAGAGGUGGUGCCUCCGGUCGUGGUCGUGGAAGAGGACGUGGUAGAGCUCAAUUCAAUGCAUUGCCAGGACAGCAAACCGUUUGAUCGUGCUCGUUUACCCCUUUCUCCCCAAAAUGUAUAAAUGUUUUUCCCUUACCUCAAAAUUCAUUAUUGUUUUAACCAC